AUUCGUUUUUCGAAAUUCGCUUUGAACGGUUGUGUUUCUGUCUCUACACCCUCUUCGCUCUCUCCCGUGAAAGUCGUAAAGUGGAGAGCUACGCUAAAGUACAGAAAAAAUACACAAAAAUAUAUCGUCAGCGGUAGAAAACCAAUUGAAACUGCAAUUGCAAUGCAUAAAAUACGUACGUGAAUUUCGCGCAGUGUUUCUGUGAAAGUUCAAGUGAAAGCUGAAAGUAGAAACAAAGCGAGAAUACUUGCAAACAAACCAAAAAUAACAAAAUACAAAGAUACAAAAAGUUUGAAUAAAAAUAUAUAAAUCCGAAAUCAUGGCCAUUUUAUGUCAGCCGAUGGGUUUAGCCCUUCAGCUUCCCCCACCAGUGCCACGCCCACCGCCCAGUGCCUCGGAAACGACAAGAAUCCGCCGGAAUCUAUUUGGCAGCACUCCCGGCGACUCGGAAAUCGAUCAGCUUUUGGCCCGGGAGCAGUGCUCAAAGAGAUUGUACGUCAAGGAGCGCUACGGCAUCGAUAUCCUGCAGGAGGAGCGUCGCGAGCAGGAACAGGACGAUGCUGUGAGGGGCAUGCGAUACCCAACCAGCCGGGCGAUACCGAGUACCGAUGCCGAUGCCGAUGACGAGUACAAUCCGAAAUCCAGUCAAGUGGCGCGGGGCGUGGCCCUCACCGCCGCCCAGAUCUCCGCCAGCACACAGCUGAUCCUCCAGAACUGCACACACAACAACAAAAGCAGCGACAGCAGUGCCGAUUUGACCAACAGCACGAGACAUGGCCAAAAGCCAUAUGCGACGCAGCCACAAGGCCUUAAACGCAUAUACCGCAUUCGCAAGGCCAACAACAAGGGGAUUUUGAAAAGCGGCAAGAAUAGUUACAUCAGCAACAACAAGAGCAUCAUCAACAAUAAUCAUGUGGAUAAUAAUACUAGCGAAUUGGAAGAUAAGGAGCAGUAAUUUUGGAGAAGGACAAUGACGAAUGGCCCCUGGUGGAGCAACAAUUGCAAUAUAUGAUAUUUAUUGGAAACGUAAUUUUAAUUUCUAACAUAAUUUGUUUAUUUUUUUUUUGUGUACCUCCCCCAUGCACAGAAACUUUUGUGUAUGGAUUGUACGUUUGUUUAAACCAAGACUUGACGGUCCCAAAAAAUGUUGUUGCAUAAAAAUGAGAAAGCGAAACAAAAAAUGAAAAAUGAAAAAAACAGCCAACCAGAAACAACAACAAAAUGAAAAACCAGAAAAGAUCGGCGCGCGUGCACGGCCAAAAACAGGCAAAAAAUAAUAAUAAUAAUGAUAAUAAUAAUACAUCCGGAUGCAUGGCGAUAUCGAUAUAUUUAUGGAAAUUAUUAAGUUAUAGAUAUGUGUAUGUUAAAUAUUUACGUGUAAAAAGAAAAUUAUUUGUACAUUGGCAAUACGUAAAUUGUAGCGAAAAAGUGAAAGACUUAAAUUGUUAGUGGCAGAUUUACGAAUUAGAUUAAAUUGUAAUUAGACAAUGCUAAUUUUAGACAAGCGAUCGGCGCCAUGCAUCCGGUAUAUAGACUCUUACCCCCAAUCCAAACCAAUUCAAGCGUUCUCAGCGUGUUUUCGGUUCCUGAUGCACGCGUGUGCCAAAAGUAUUUACAAUUUACUUUGUGUCAUGAUCUCAAUCAUUAAAAACAAUUUUAUUAUUUUGUUUAUCUAAAUGUAAUUAUAAUUGAAAUUAUUUAAAAAUUCUUCUUAGCCCACACACAAAAACACACACUCAUUCAUACCCCUCCUUACACACCUUCCCACACACUUUUACACACACUUUAAACUCAUAUUUAUAGUAUGUACAUUAUCGAUGUGACAUUUUAAAUUGUAUGUACUGUCUAUGUAUAAUAUUUCGUAUCUAUGGCAAAAUUAUUUCCCCUCCUCUAAGACCCCUUUAAAAAUCUAUUUUGAACAACCAAACUGUGUAUAUUGUAUGGAGCAGUACCAAACUCCAAGCAGCUAACUGAGUAAAACCACAAAAACAAAUACUGUGUAUAUUUCCUUAAAACUUUGUAAACUUAUGCAAACAUGAUGAGAAAAAAAAACUUUUUUACUGUACCUCUCAAGCGAGAAGGAACAGUAAAAAACACAAAA